CUCACGUCACGACGCGCUGCCCAAACGACAAACUGCUGCCCAAAAAAUGGUCCUCUCGGCCCCAGCGGAACCGAUCUUCCUCGUCGGCGUGGCGCUCGGCGUCCUCAUCGCCGGUGCCAUCUUUGCACUUAAUAUGCGGCGCUGGCGGGCCCAGCAGCGCCUGCGAUGAAACAGGUCGCGGCGGCGGCGGCCGCGGCGCUGGCGUACCACUGGUGGGCAUCUCGUAGGAAGCGCACGGCGAAGGAGCGGAGAGAAGCGGCGCUCGAAAAACGCUUCGAAGCGAAAGCAGGACUGACCUUGUACGGCAACGUCGCGAGCCCCUGCACGCGGCGCGUGUUGAUCCACCUGAAGUUGCAUGGUGUUUCCUACAAAUUCGUGGAAGUCAAUUUGCUGCGGGGCGAGCAGCGCUCUGAAGCUUACAAGAAGAUCAAUCCUCUCUGUAAAGUGCCCGCCCUGCGUCAUGAUGAUUUGAUACUCUACGAGUCGGGCGCCAUUUCGUAUUACAUCGAUUCCAAGUUCGGCCCCCAAAAUGAACCUUUGGAGACGCCGUGGCUCGACUGGGAGCUGUCGCUCGCCGACGCCUUUUCAAGGUUAUCGAGGCAGUACGUCGACGCUCAUAUCGUGCGGUCCCUGCAUGCGAGGCCGCACUUCGUCCAAGAUUUGCCAGAGGGGCCCUUCGCGGCCAAGUGGACCCGCAUCUUCGACGGGACAUUUUGUGAAGGUAUUGAAGCCGAAGCAUGUCUCGAGCGCGUCGCGGCACAUCUGAGUGAGCUCGAAGGGGCGCUGGCGGACGGUCGCGCGUUCUUGGGCGGUGCAGAGUUUUCGGCGGCCGACGCGGCGGUGCUGCCGCGAUUACUGAAAUGUCCGCAGAACCACUUCCUCCGCACGCCCUUGCAGGAGGAACGGUUCGGUAAUAUAAUAGCGUACGUCGAGCGGUGCCUCGCUUUGCCAGUCCUGGACGCGGGCGCGGCGCAGACGCGGCUCUUCUGGCGGCCGAACGUUGUUGGUAGGUUUGUGGUGCCGGUACUGGAGGCCUGGGGCAACGUCCGCAACGCGGCGUACUCGACGGUGCACCGCGCCUCUGCCACGGCCGUCGACGCGGCCGUGGCGCGGACGCCCAAGUUUACGGCGAGGCCGUCGACGACGGCCCGCACGCUCGUCGUCGACGCGGCGGCGGCCACGUGCUUCGCCGUCAGAAUCGCGGCGCGCGAGCUCGGGGACAACGUGACGGUCCUGACGCUCGACGCGCCCUCGCUCGAGCGCCUCGCCCCGACGCCCGACGCGCUGGCGGCGUGCGGCGCCCUCGCCGGCGGCUGCGCGCGGCUGCCUCUGUUGCUUGGUGGUGGUGAGGCCGUCGCCGGGGCGCUCGCCGUCGCCACACAGCUCUCAAACGGGCGCCUUGGCGAUAGCCUGGACGCGGCAGUCUCCAUCAAGCGGUGGAUGCACUGGGCGCGAUCCGUCGACGGCGACGUGCUCCAGCGCCUCUACGCUUUGUAUGUUGGGCCGCGGCGCUUGUUGGAACGGGGCGGUAUCGAGUACGCGCUGGCGCCGCUGCCUCCGGUCGAACGAACCUUAGCACUGGAGCGGUGCCGCGAUUGUAAUGCGCCCCUUGACACCGCGCUUACCGCCGAACUCGCGGCGGCCCUCGCGACGGUCGAGGAGACGCUCGCGAAUGGCGAUCUGGCGCCGGGGUUUCCUUCUCUAGCCGACGCCUUCGCGUUUCCCAUCGUCGAAUGCGCCCACGCGUGCGGCGCGGCGCCUCUCUCAGGGUCGGUCGCGGCGGCGCCGCGGCCGGCGACGCUUGCUUGGCGCGCCUCGUUGUUGGAGCGGGAGGCGUUCGCGGAGGUUGGCGCGGAGAUUGGGCGGCUUUGGGGGGUUGAUUCAUAAC